AUGACAUUAGAGAAUUUGCAGGUGAAACCUGCUGAAAAGAAACUUGUAAUAUGUUUGUUGCCAGGGGUUCAAUCUAGUAUUCAUUCCCUAGAUAGUGAUAGAUUAUCACUUUAUAUUAUACGACAUGGGAAAAUAUACUAUCAGUUUAUCAAAAGCUUAGUUGCAAAGCAUAAACAAACCAUUUUCAUAAUCCAAUAUAAUCAUAACACCUCUUCCACUACUGAGACAACCACGAGUAACAAUAAUAUUGAAGAUGUAUUGAAUUAUUUUCAAUUCUUAUACCAAGAGAUCAACUCAUCACAACAAUACAGAUUCACAAGCUUUUCAACUAUUAUAAUGUAUGACACAGCUCAAUACGACAAAUAUCAAUUAACUCCUCAAUUCAUAUAUAUUCAACAAUUACUCCGUUAUAUCAGUUUAAAACAUGGCAUGAAAAUAGUGUCAUUGCGAAAUAUGGUAGACGCUUUAACCAUUGGAAAUAUCGAGCAAUUAUUAUUGACUUUGGACUCCAUAUCACCAAUUCCAAUACUUGAUUCGAAGGGAGUAGAAAUAGCUGUUCAAACUAAUGAUAUUGAUAGAACUGAAAGUAAUGGUCAUGAAGCAAGCCAUAAUAAAUCUCAAAUCAAUUUGUAUAUACCAUACACAUGGGACUCUUGGAAUAAAAUAGUUGUUCAAGGGAAAUCAAUAGUUUUACCAAACACUGAUGAAAUAAUAAUUAGAAAUGAAUCAAGAUUGGAAGAAUUGGAUAGUAAUUAUGAAAAGUCGUUGAGUAGGGAGUCCAAGAAUAAUGUUAAUGGUGGUACAAUCGUCGAUUUGUUAUUACCUCAGGAUUAUUUGCAAACGAGAAAUAAAAAUAAACCAAAAAUUGAACUGCUUCCUAAUUCAACAUAUUCAUUAAGUGAUAUGUUAAGAGAGAUUGUUCAACCUUCUGUUUUAGAAUAA